AUUGAAAAGGCUAAACCUAUAAAAUGUGGAACUUUUGGUGCUACAUCUCUGCAGCAAAGAUACUUAGCGACAGGAGAUUUUGGUGGAAACCUUAACAUAUGGAAUUUAGAAGCUCCUGAAAUACCUGUGUAUUCUGUGAAAGGUCAUAAGGAGAUCAUAAACAGUAUAGAUGGUGUAGGUGGCUUAGGAAUUGGGGAAGGUGCACCAGAAAUUGUGACUGGCAGUCGAGAUGGAACUGUGAAGGUAUGGGACCCGAGACAGAAAGAUACUCCUGUUGCUAAUAUGGAACCUGUAGAGGGGGAGAGCAAAAGAGACUGCUGGACAGUAGCAUUUGGCAAUGCUUACAAUCAAGAGGAACGUGUUGUAUGUGCCGGAUAUGACAAUGGGGACAUUAAAUUGUUUGACUUAAAAACCAUGUCGCUACGAUGGGAGACCAACAUUAAGAAUGGGGUUUGCAGCGUGGAGUUUGACAGAAAAGAUGUAAAUAUGAACAAGCUAGUGGCCACAUCGCUUGAGGGAAAAUUUCAUGUUUUCGAUCUGAGAACUCAGCAUCCAACCAAAGGUUUUGCUUCCGUUUCAGAGAAGGCACAAAAAUCUACCAUAUGGCAGGUUCGGCACCUACCACAGAACAGGGAUAUAUUUAUGACGAGUGGAGGAGCUGGGAGCCUUCAUCUCUGGAAAUAUGAGUACCCAGCUCAGCGCUCGAAGAAAGAUUCUGAAGGAGCUGAGAUGGGGGUCGCAGGCUCAGUCAACCUCUUGCAGAAUGUGACCCUGUCAACGCAGCCAAUUUCUAGCCUAGACUGGAGCCCUGACAAAAAGGGACUGUGUGUUUGUGGUGCCUUUGACCAAACUGUGAGGGUACUGAUAGUUACCAAGCUUAAUAAAGUUUGACAGGAAAACUGGAAUUUUUGAUGAGAAAGCAAUAUAAUUUGCAGUCUGUAAAUAUGGAAGGGAGAGCCCUCCUGUUUCUAAUUUAAUUUCUCCUUUAUUAAAACUGGAUUAAAGAAUAGAAACCAGAUCUUUCUAUUGAAAGUUCAGAUGCACGCAGUUAAGAGUUGUUUGACCGUGCCCAAUGAGUUGAAGUUGCCUGGGCAUAAAACUUUUACCUUCUAGAAAUGUGAAUUUAUGUUUAAAGUAAAAUGUGUCUUUGUGUUAAGGCAAGCUGUAAUUUCAGAAAUUGCUUUAAAUUGUUUGUGUUCAGUUUAAUCACAGUGCAAAUCUGUUCACACUUGUUAAAUAGUUUGGCUUUUUUAGAUAUAGUGUCAUGCGUAUGCAUUCAUGCAAUGGAAACUACUAUAUACUCCCCCACAGAAACUCUCUGUGUCACUGGAUAUAUUAAUUAGAAUGUUUGUUAAAGUGAUUCGUUAGUACACUAUAGAAACUGUAAUGAAUACUGGUUUAAUGGACUAAGCUUUUUACUGAAGAUAGUAUUGAAAUUAAACUGUUGAGCAAACUGCACUGUUCUAUUAUUUUAGUUUGGUUUCAUAACAAGUUCUUAAGUUCUGUUGGUUUUAUAUCUGUUUGUAACUUGGUAUUCUACAAAUAAA